AUGCCUCCAAAGAAAAAAAAAGGAAACACAAACCCUAUUGUAGUGGGUACCGUGUCCACUAGAUCAACAAGAAGGCAAAGCAUUGUAAAUAUUGAUAUUCCAAAAUAUAAAAGUAGAUCAAAUAAAUCAACACCAAAAACUAUAAAAGGGUACAAAAAUGUCGAGACGAAUGUUGACUCACCAGAAAGUGAUCUAUUUAAUAACAAAAUAAAACAGUCCUUUUUAAAGAUGGUUCCAAAAAAUAAGAAGUCACAAUCUGUAGCAAAGAGUUCACACUCUUCUGAUAAAGAUAAGAGAGCUUUACUAGAAAUAUUACAGGAUUGGGAUGAUAACGAUGGAGAACAGACUGAAUCGCCAGAAAAUCGCUUUAGUAAUGAAAUUUUAACAAGAAGAUUCAAUUUAGAUGUAGUUCCAACCAAAACUAGUCAAAAAUAUGCAAGUACUGACCAAAUUGAAUUAACUUUAUCUAAUUUGCAGACUGAACAUGAAAUGAAAGUAAUCUCCACAUAAAAGAUUCAAUAAAAACGGUAGAAUCUACAGACGAGAGUUCCAAAGAGAGUGCAAUGGGAGUCAAAACAGAGCAAUAUAGAAUCGAAUCAGUCCAAGAUAUAAACCUUGAAAUAUCUAAAGAUGAGACCUCAGUCUCAACUGGACCAGAUAAAGAAGAGUUCAUAAUAGAAGAACAAGCCUCGAUUCCGUUUGCAGAUGAUAUGAUUGUCGAUGAGAAACCAGAUAUGUUAGAAUCCGAUAGUAACUCUCAAAUAUCAUCUACAAAAAAUGCGUCUGAAGUUAAUAUCAAUGAAGCUGAAAUUUCAGAAGACAAUGCUAGAUUUGCAGAAGAUCAAGCUGAAUUAUCUGACGUGAAUCAACCAGACAGCAUCGACAGUUUGACUAAUAAAAAUGAAGGGAAUAGUUUGCCUGCCAGCAAUGAGCAAAGUGGGGAUAUGGAAUAUACAGUAGAGGAAACGCCUAUGAAAGUUGAAGAUAAUCUAAGUGACGAUGUAAGCAAUUUAGAACUACAAACUGAAGGAACAGAAGGAUCUAAUAGCAUGGAUGCGAAAGUCGAGGAAAAUGCUGAAUUAUUUAUAGAAAACAAUAAAAUAGAAGAGGAAACUAGUCUUCCAUCGUUUGUGGAGGAUGCAAAAGUUGAAGAAAUCGUAGAUAUAGUAGAACAUAGUAAAAUUGAAGAAGAGGAAAAUAGAAGUGUGUUAUUAGGUGAUGUAAGAGAUGAAGGAAAUAGUAAUAUAUCUUUCAUAGGAGAUAAUGCAAUGGAAGUAGAUAGUAGUAUGUUUUUCAAUGAAGAUAAACAUAUAGAUGAGCACAUUGAAGAAAGCGAAAAAAUGGACCAUAGUGAAAACGAGAGUAGUAAAGUUGAUGAAGAAAAUAAUUUAGAAAACCGAAUAGCUGGUAUGAAAUUAGAAGAAAGCCAAAUAUCCACAUAUAAUGCAGUUACUAAGACAGAAAGUGAAAAAUCUAGCGAAGAUAGUUCACCCAAAAAAGGCAAGUCCAAAGAAACUGUAGAAAUUGAAAGCAGUGGAGAUAAGAAAAAAAGUAGUUCCAAAAAUAAAACACAAGGAGUUCAGUUGAAGAUAAAAAUAAGAAAUCACCUGAGGUACAAGUUAAAGGUAAAUCGUUGGUGCCGAUUCCAUUAUUUCUUGAAGACGUUGCCAAUAAUCUUUCGGUAUUUAAAAAUAAAAGAAAGCCCAGAUCAAGAUCUAAAACAAACGAACCGGUUUCGCUUAAACCUGAAAGUAAACCAGCCACUAAACCGACAAAAGCUCAAACCGAUAAGGCACCUACUUUUAAAAUCAAAAAAGACACCAAACCAAAAGAACCAAAAAGUAAGAAGACAACUCCUCAGAAAGAAAAAGAUGAUAAUAAAGAAACUAGUAAAUUGGGAAAGAGCGACAAGAAAGUCGCGAAAUCUGAAGAAACUGUUAAAAUCGGCAGUAACAAAUCUGAAAGUGAAGCAGAUGAUGAAAAAGUGAGGCGAUCUUCGAGAAUCAAAUCCAUCAGUGUUCUUAAUAAGAAAACCACCGGCUGGGGCUUGGUUAAAUCAAAAUCGGAGUCCUCUGUAUUCGAAAGCGACGUUUCAGACAGUAACUCCUUACAAACUGAGUCAGAUAAAAGCACACCUACAGCCUCCCCCAAAGUAAAUUCGAAAGACCGCAAAUGGAAGCCAUUUUCAGAAACUCAGUCUCCUACGAUCAAGUCAGACAAUCAGGUCACGAUGCCGUUCAAAUCCGUUGAAGAGCUCAACAAAAGACCUCAUAAAGAUCCCGUGGUAGAAGGUAGGCUGAAGCAGUUCGUGCAUCUCAAAGAAAAUCAAUACAGGACCGAUAGGAUGGUUUGUAAGGAAGCUAAAAAAAUGGUUUGCGAUUGUUUUUUAACUUCCGAAGAGCUAGUUGCUAACGAAUACGGAUGUGGGGAAGAUUGUCUGAAUAGAUUGCUAUUGAUCGAGUGCGGAAGUUUAUGUGUUGUUGGAGACAGAUGCACGAACAAAAGAUUCCAGAAAAAUGCUUUUGCUCCGGUCGAAGUCUUCAAUACCGACAAGAAAGGUCUCGGACUUAGAGCUGCAGCUAAUAUUCCCUUCGGUGAAUUUAUAUUGGAGUACGUGGGAGAGGUCUUGGACAGUGAUGAAUUUGACAAAAGAGCCGAAGUUUAUUCUCAGGAUAAAAAUAUCCAUUACUAUUUUAUGGCUUUGCGAGCUGAUGCUAUCAUCGAUGCAACAAUGAAAGGAAACAUCUCCCGGUUUAUCAAUCACUCCUGCGAUCCAAAUGCGGAAACACAGAAGUGGACUGUUAACGGUGAGUUGAGGAUUGGAUUUUUUAGUACCAGAACGAUCUUAGCUGGCGAGGAAAUCACUUUUGACUAUCGGUUCCAAAGAUAUGGCAAAGAAGCCCAAAAAUGCUAUUGUGGUGCAGGUAUCUGCCGAGGUUGGCUUGGCGAACAACCAGAUUCUGAUGAAGAAGAGGAAGAAGAGGAGGAGGAGGAAGAAGAAGAAGUUGAAGAAGCUAAACCAAUUCUACCCGAACUUCCUCUAAUCGAUAAAACCGGAAUAUCCGAAAUACCUGUUCCAGCAGAAGUUAAAGACGAAGAGAAAGUGGAAGGUGUUCCGGAAAUUACGAAGGAUAAAGAUGUCAGUAUACAGGAAACUCCUCAACAAGUUACAGAGAUCAAGCCUAAACCUGUCAAGAAAAAACUCCAGAAGAAGAAACCGAGAAUUGAAAUGUUUGAAGAAGUAGACCACUUAAAUGAAGAAAUAGAGAUGUUGGUUACCACUGGAUUGAAAAAUCAAGCUCAUACUCUCAAACUGAGCAGAUUGAUGGUGAGAUCUAAAGAACCUCAACAAAGAGCAAAACUCUUACGUGUUUUACGAAGAGGAGAACUACCUUGUAGGAGGUUGUUUUUGGAUUAUCACGGUCUUCGUCUAAUGCACGGAUAUAUGAUCGAUGCUCAGCAGUUGGUAAUAUCAAAUAAACAAUUUGAAUCAUUGAGAUUGGAAAUGCUUCAAACACUAGCAGUACUACCCAUCCCUAAUAAAUCGAUGCUUCAAGACAGCAAAGUUAUUUCUACUGUAGAAAAAUGGGCCACCAGUAAAACUUUAACUUCACCGCUCGAUUCCGAAAGCAACUCACCGAAAACCGAAACGGACAUGCCAAAAUCUAGCAUAAAACAAGAAAUUAAAGUGCCGGUGAAAGAUGAAUUGGUUUCAGACAAGACGAUCCAAGACCAAGAAGAAGAAAUAAAAUUCUUAGCCAGCAAACUCUUGGAGGAGUGGAAGAAUCUGAAAGAAGUUUUUAGGAUUCCGAAAAAAGAACGUAUAGAGCAAAUGAAAGAGCACGAAAGGGAAGCUAAUAAGAAAUAUAUGCAGACCAGCCAUAACACUUAUGGUGGUGACGAAGAUAAAGACAGGAAAGCCGAUAGAUAUCGAGGACUUUCAAAAAAUAAAUUCGAAAGAGAUUUACACAAGAAACCACCAAAACCGGGCGAUAAACCAAGCGCAGAAUAUCUAAAAUUAAGUAAGUCGGAACGAAGAAAGCUGUUCGCGUUACAACACGAGAUAAAAGAAGAAGAACGGAAACUGAAACAACGAGAAAUGUGGAGGGAACAUGAAAUGAACUGUAUGAUGAUAGGAGCUGAUCCCAGAUUCACAGCACCGUUCGAUCCUAACAGGGGAUAUCAGUUGAUAUGGAAUCCACAGAUAGGUCAGUGGCAAAACUGUCCAAUACCAACAAAUCUUCGGAUAUAUCCAACACAACCACCUCCGCCGCAGAUGCCAGCAAUGCACGUCCCACCGCCAUCAGUUCACCCAUACGGAAAAACAUUACCGACAUAUUCUCCAUACCCCUCUCCGCAAGGAAAUCCGGUCAACAUGGGAAACAAUCAACCGCCGUUACAGCAGAUUCCUUUACAGUUGCCUCCACAUCAGUUGCCGCCGAAUACACUGCCAAGCCAUUUACCUCUACAACAGCCAACGAUGCCACUGAAUCAAAUUCAAAGUCAUAUACCAUUACCGCAAACUUCAUUGCCAACACAGCUACCGCCGUUACCCGCGGGUAUGCCACCUUUGCCAACGACGACCUUGCCACCGCUGCCACAACUACCACCGAUCGUUCAGUCAAUUGAAGAGGAUCCAUCUCAAGUUAAAUUCGCCGGACCUAUCCCUCCACCCGUGAAAUUACCACCGAAAUGGAAGUGCGCCAAAGACAAGUAUGGCCGACCGUACUAUUAUCACAUCAAGAUCAGGAAAAGUCAGUGGGAGCCUCCGCCCCUGGAUCCACCCGAAGAAGCUGUGGAGUGUUUUGCAGAUCCAAAAGCCUCAGACUCGGACUCCAGUUCAGACACAAGUUCGGUUAGUUCGGAUUCCAGCUCGGAAAAUUCUGAAAGCGACGAUGAAGUGGACGAUGCGAAAUUGUUGUUAGAAGUUCGCAAACAAAUGGAACAUCUACCGCAGAUAAAACUCCCUGGUUUGCAUCAGGACGACAGUCCACAAGGAACUCCGAGUCCGGAUGGCGAAAAGUCCUACGAAAGAGAGUUCAACGUCGAUGAAAUAAUACGCAGGAGUUUGGCGGUGGAUGACGACGUGAAAAGACCUUCGAUAGACAUGAGACUGAAAGAACUUGAACUGUUUAAAGAUGAUCAUCCUUCGAGAAAAAAACGAAGAACUGGAUUGUGCGAAGAGAUUAUGAUUAGUCCAAGAACUGAGGAGGACAAACGACAAUUUAAAGAAGACAUCAAAAGGUACAAAGCAAAUAAGGAGAGGUUAAAACGGCAAAGGGAGAAGAUCCUACAGCAAACUAAAAAACAAUUAAGAGAAAUAGAAAUCAAGAAAACCAGAGAGAAGCGUCCGAAGACGACGGUGAAGGUUAAAUUGAAAGACAAGCCCGAUUUUAAUAGCGAGACUGCGAAGAAAAUCAAGGAGACUUUCAAGGUUAAUAUGGCUUCGACUGUUGUAAAUGCUUUAAACGUCUACAGGAAGCCAGAUUGUACAGAAGGAAGAAUUACCAACACCCAGGACUUUAAACAUUUAGCAAGAAAGUUAACCCAUUUCGUCAUGCUAAAAGAGAUAAAAUACUUGAUGAAGAUUGAGGACUUAACUUGCACCGAUAACGUCAAAAUGAAAGCCCGGGAAUUUAUUCGAAAGUACAUGAGCAAAUUCGGCGAGGUUUACGUAAAACGAAUCGAUUCUCCGGAUUUUAAAGACUAA